AUGUCUGAUCAAGGUAUGAUCAAGGGCAUCAAGAAUAUUUGCUCGAUCUUGCUUGAAAGGCUAUUGAUCAAAGACUGUGAAUUAUUAUUAUGCCACAACUGCUUAAUUGUUCCAAGAAUAGUAAGUACACAAACUGAUAACAGAUGUGAUGGUACAAUAUGGAUGAAGAGACUGAACAAACUAACAAGAAGACUUCUCAAUCCACAGAUGAGAAGUUCUACUUGUGCAGGAAUGAAUCCUUCAAACUAUCAAUCCAUUGAAACACUGACUGGAUCGAAUUACCAAAAAUGGAAGCAAGAUCUGGAGAUUUCUUUAGGUUUUCUUGAUUAUGACUAUGUGCUUAGAGAAGAACCUAUUCAAGAAUCGGCUGCAAAUGCUUUUGCAUCAGUGAAAACCAAAUAUGCCAAGUAG